GCGGGCGGAACGGAAAGAGCGAGGUCAUGUGUCCUACUCGGACACUACCGGUCACUGACCGCAGCCCGUAGACACAGGAGCCCCGGUCCCAUAUGGCCCGGACAUGGUUGCAGACGGACCGCUUCCGGUCGGACACUUACUAGGUUCCCCAGGAUGCAGGCGGGUCGGGCCAAGCACGGGGUGGCGCAUCAUGGCGACAGCGGUUAUCAUCCUGAGGUCUUCACGCCAAGGCGCCGCCUGGGUGGGGAAGCGGCUCCUGUCCGAAGCUGGAGGCGUGAGGCGCGGCUGGUGGCGGCAGGCGCAGUUGAGGAAAUCAUAGAGCAAGCAGACUACCUGUAUGGGAGUGGAGAAACCAAAAAGCUCUAUCAAUUGCUGACCCAGCACAAAAACAGUGAGGAUGCGGAGAUAUUAUGGCGUCUAGCGCGGGCCUCACGUGAUCUAGCCCAACUUAGCAGCACCUCUGCAGAGGAGAAAAAGCAACUAGUUUAUGAAGCUCUUGAAUAUGCAAAGAAGGCACUGGAAAAAAAUGAAUUAAGUUUUGCAGUACACAAGUGGUAUGCAAUCUGCAUCAGUGAUGUUGGAGAUUAUGAAGGAAUCAAGACUAAAAUUGCAAAUGCAUAUGUUAUCAAGGAACACUUCCAGAAGGCCAUUGAACUGAAUCCUAAAGAUGCUACCUCAAUUCACCUUAUGGGCAUUUGGUGUUACUCAUUUGCUGAAAUGCCAUGGUACCAAAGCAAAAUAGCUACAAUGCUGUUUGCAACACCGCCAACCUCCACGUAUGAAGAGGCCCUAAGUUACUUUCACAAGGCUGAAGAAGUGGAUCCAAACUUCUACAGCAAAAACUUGCUACUUUUGGGGAAGACAUACUUGAAGUUAAACAACAAAAAGAUGGCCCUCUUGUGGCUAACAAAAACCAGGGAUUAUCCGGCACAUACGGAGGAGGAUAAACAGGUACAGAAAGAAGCUGUGGAACUGCUCAAUUCUAUAUGACAAGAACUAAACCAUUAAGAAGAAACUACAGUAAAUGUGACUAAAGCCCAGGACAAAAUACCCAGAGCUUGUUCUACUGUGGCUGUUAUUAAAAUUAAACUUGUCACCGUA